UGCUCUGUUCCUGCAGACAGAGUUAGGAUUUAUUAACGAGGAUGGUCAGGAUGACGGACAUCAGAGAGGAUUUUUAUCUUGUCUUUGUUUGACAUCUGGUGAAUUUCUCGGCUCAAACCUUCAUUCUUCACGGCAGAGAAACUGAGAAACUCCAGAAAGCCACCAUGCGUGCUGCUCUGUGCUGCUGCGUCUUCCUCCUCUGCCUCGUCUUCCUCGCCCAGGCCAAGCGGACGCCUGGUCAGGACAAACGGGACAAACCUCGCCAGCCCCAGCCGUCGCCGCCACCGGCCCGGCGGUCCAGAAACCGUUCGGUGCUCAGCUCCGGAGAGCUGAACACCAAGCAGGGCCAUCGCUGCACAUGGCAAACAUCUGGAGAAGGUCUGGUGAGCCUGCUGGUGAACUGCUCCACAGAAACCGAAGGAGACGCAGAGAGGUACUGGUGUCGUUAUGCUGGUAAACCCGACCUCUGCCAGGCCUACAGCGUGAAGUCCAGCCAGUACUGGAAGCAGCUGGUGGGAAAGCUGAAGAAACGGGAGAACGCCUGCGAAGGAGAGAAAGUGUUAAAGGCCAAAACCUGCAAAAAGGCGCCUGGCGAGGCCCACAUGAAGCUGGCUCAGCGCAGCGGGGAGGAGGACAAGAACGCAGCGAAGGAGGGAGGGAAGAAGAAAGCAGAGGCCGGAGAGAAGAGCUCCGAUGGAGGGAAGGUGGAGAAGAGAAAGAAGAAGGGGAAGGAGGAUGAGGAGGAGAAAAAGAAGCGGGAGGAGAGGACUGAGUUUGACGACGAAGGAAUGGUGAACGACAUGGAGCCGGUGCAGACGUACUGCAGCGACGGCUGGCACUCCGUCUGCUCCUUCUUUGUCAAGUUUUUUGAGGGCUGAUUAAAGAAAUUAGGGAAAUUUGUUUUUUUUGUUGAUGAUAGUGUGAAUUAAAUCUGACAUCAGUGGAGGGAAGUUGUGUUUUUAAGUUCUGGGCAGCUCAUCUCUAAGGAUUUGUGUAAAAUUUCUCAAACUGCUCUCUGAAGCUUAGAGGAAAACCAAUUUCAUUUACAUUUGAUUGAGAAUUUUUGGUAAUUCUGCAUAUUUUUAAAGAUUAAUUGUUAGAUCUAAUACAUUGAAAGUCACUACUCUGUAAACCAUGAUAGUUGAAACAGGUUCAGUUUGGAUCUGCAGUAAUAACCUGAUGAAGUGAAGUUUGUGGAGUCGUGUUUUUAUUCUUUUAGAUUCCUGAUGUUUAGUUUUUAACCAACAUUAAAUAAUCACCAUUGUUAACUGAGAUGAUGUUUGUGGUCAAUAAUUCACUUCUUUUUGUGUUGAAAUCAGUUUCUAACAUCAGACUAAAAUCUUCCUGAGUGUUUCUGUAGAUUGUUUUUGGUUUGUUGCGUCAUCGCUGAGCCUCAGGGCGGUUCCCUGAUCCACCUCACCUGGUCGCCAUCAACGUCUCCAGAACCCUCAGAAUCAUUUCAGCAGCUCACCUGUUGAAGUGAAUGGAUGAAAUAAUGAGGUCAUCAGUGGGACUCUUGGCUAAAUGGUAAUAAUUCAGCUGCUUUGGAUCAGGAACAAACCCGGCUGGACGCGUCCAGAACCGAGAGCCGUAAAGUUACACAAUAAAAAAUUAACAGCAACAUUUUCAGUUCA